AUGGCUGCGCCCAGUGUCGACAUCGGCCAGCUGUCCGAGGAUCAACAGCUGGCACUUCAGCAGUUCACCGCGGUGACCGACCAAGCCGUUGAGCAGGCCAUCCCGCUCCUGCAACGUUGCCAAUGGAACGUCCAGAUCGCAAUAUCUAGGUUCUUUGAUGGCGAGCCCGCUGAACCCGUUGUUCCAGAGGAGUCCAUCCCCGUGCCUCAGGACCCGCGCCGCAGAGAAACACUCGCCAACGGUUUUGGCUCUUCGUCUCGCUCGUCGUCAGAAGGCAGGCGGAACCUGGAGCCCGCACCACGCAUUGUGCCGCAACCAGAGAAUCAGACUGUCCAGCAGGUGCACUUGCUGCUCUCCGUCAUCAUCUUCCCUUUCCGAUUCGUAUACGGUAUCGGCUCGCGCUUCUUAAACCUCUUCUCGUACCUGUUCCCGUUCCUUUCGCGCCUCUUCGCAAGCCGCGCCGCCUCGCAAGGACGCAGGAGAGACACAAGCGGGCGCCGUUCGCUCAGCCCUCGAGACACGGCCGCCAGGUUCAUCCGCGAGUUUGAGGAAGAAUACGGGAGUCACGAGCUGCCAUUCUUCGAAGGCGGCUACGCGCAGGCGUUCGAUGUGGCCAAAAAGGACCUCAAGUUCUUCCUGGUCAUCUUGCUGUCCCCGGAGCAUGACGACACUGCAUCGCAUGUGCGGGAGACAUUGCUGGCACCCGAGGUGGUGGACUUCUUGAAGGACCCUCAAAACAACAUUAUCGUUUGGGCUGGAAAUGUUCAAGACGCCGAGGCAUACCAGGUAUCCAAUGCGCUGAACUGCACGAAGCUCCCGUUUGCAGGCCUCAUAGUGCACACUCCCUCGGUCUCAUCUACAGCAAUGUCCGUCGUUGCUCGUGUCGUUGGUCCAACCCCACCAUCUACGUUCAUGUCCAGGCUUCAAACUGCCAUCGCCCAAAAUUCAGAACCGUUGAACCGGGUGCGGGCCACGCGGGCGGAGCAGCAGGCUGCGCGCAAUAUCCGUCAGGCUCAGGACACGGCAUAUGAGAGGUCACUCGCACAGGAUAGAGAGAGAGCAAAGCAGAAGCGGGAAGCAGAGGAGGCCAAAAGACGCGCCGAGCAGGAAGAACGCGAGAGGCAAGAGGCAAAGGAAAGAGAGGCCCGCAAUCUUGAGCAGUGGAGGAAAUGGAGGGUACAGUCUAUCCCUUCGGAGCCUGGUAGCGACGUCCAGGAAGUCGUUAGGAUCAGUCUGCGAAUGCCGUCGGGCGACAGAGUCGUGCGCAGGUUUGCACCGGACACCCCGAUCGAAGACCUCUAUGCUUUCGUCGAGUGCUACGACUUUCUGCAAGACGACGCGGCAGAGCCCGGAGUGGAGAAGCCCUCAUCAUAUGAUCACGAGUACAAGUUUGUCCUCGUCUCGCCCAUGCCGCGCGAAGAGUUUGGGCUGGAGAAGGGAGGUACCGUCAUGGAACGCAUCGGCCGAAGUGGCAAUCUGAUUGUUGAGAGAACGGAUCUCGAGGACAGCGAGGAAGAGGAGGAAUAA